CGGUCCAAAGCCCCGCCCCCGACACUGGAACCAAUCAAACAACAGAUUGCUGAAGCUCGGGACCAAUGCACAGGGCUGUCCUUAAUUCUUCUUUGCAGUUUGAAACUGUCAGGUUGCUCCUAAGGUAGCAGCUAUACUCGCUGUUUUAGCGGCGACUCGGUGGUGAGACGUGGAGUGGAGGUCGGGUUUUGUCGAGAGCCGGUGACGUAUUUGUGCAGAAUGUCAUCCGAUGAGGAGAAAGUCUCACCUCCAGUUUUGCCACAUGACUCCGAUCGAGGCAGUUCUGUCUCAUCAGAUCUUCAGGAAGAGUAUGAAGAACUGCUUCGUUAUGCUGUAGUGACUCCAAAUAUUGAAUCAAGUACCUCACAGUUAUCUCAUCCUAAGGGAGACGUGGUGCAAGAUGUUAAAAUUCCUACUAUAAUUGGUGAUAUUCUUCAUAAUCAAGCAGGAAGUAACCUCGUAGUAAGAGAAACUGGGAUGGAAGUUGGAAAAGGAUGUGAUUUAAAUACUUCAGGUCAUUCAAAGACAGAUGGGUCAUCACCAGUGUCAUCACCAAGGAAGCCCACUCACCCAGUCAUGGAUUUUUUCAGUUCACAUCUUUUAGAUGACUCUUCCUCACCAUCUAAUUCUAGUCAUGCAGCAGAUGUCCCUGAAGUAGUUGUGAAUGAUUUUCUUAUUUCUGAUGAAAACCUUCACAAGAUGGAAAAUGUACUUGAUCUUUGGAGUUCAAGUCUUAAGACAAACGUCAUAUCUGAACUAAGUAAAUGGAGACUUAAUUUUAUUGACUGGCAUCGAAUGGAAAUGAGAAAGGAGAAAGAAAGACAUGCAGCACAUUUAAAACAACUGUACAAUCAGAUCAACGAUUUGAAGGAGCUGCAAAAAGCUUAUGAAGUCUCCAUUGGGAGAAAAGAUGAGGUGAUUUCUAGCUUGUCUCAUGCCAUAGGCAAGCAAAAGGAAAGGAUAGAGUUGAUGAGAACAUUCUUCCACUGGCGAAUUGGCCAUGUCAAAUCCAGACAGGACGUUUAUGAAGGUAAACUAGCUGACCAGUACUUCCAGAGAACUUUAUUGAAGAAAGUCUGGAAAGCAUGGCAUUCCACGAUACAAAAGCAGUGGAAAGAUAUGGUGGAACGAGCUUGUCAAGCAAGAGCUGAAGAAGUUUGUGUCCAGAUUUCCAAUGAUUAUGAAAACAAAGUUGCUGCGUUAACUGGAGCUUUGGAGAAUGCAAAAGCUGAGAUACAGAGGAUGCAGCAUGAAAAAGAGCACUUUGAAGAUUCCAUGAAAAAAGCUUUCAUGAGGGGUGUGUGUGCAUUAAAUCUCGAAGCCAUGACUAUAUUUCAAAACAGAAAUGAUACAGGGACAGACAUCACAAGUAAUAAAAAGGAAGAAUAUGCUCCUGGUGUUCAAGUAAAAGAACCUUCUGCUCAUUUGGAUUCUUCAGCUCCUCUGAUGCCCUCAGUGGUUCUGCCACCACCACGGCCACCAACACCAGCAGCAACAGUGACAGUAGGAACGGCCAGCACUGCUGCCGUCCCCUCUGCUGCUUCCAUUACUUCUGCUGGGGCUGCUUCUGCUGCUUCUGUUCACGUUCCUGUUUCUGUUCCUCUUGUUGCAGGGUCUGCAGCUACAGCUGCACCAGAAGAAAUGUAUGUGCCAAGAGUUGUGACAUCUGCACAACAGAAAGCUGGAAGAACAAUUACAGCCCGGAUCACAGGGAGAUGUGAUUUUGCUUCAAAAAAUAGAAUUAGUAGCGGUUUAGCUAUAAUGGGAGUUUCUCCUCCCAUGAGCUCAGUUGUUGUGGAAAAGCAUCAUCCAGUCACAGUGCAAACCAUUCCUCAAGCUACUGCAGCAAAAUAUCCCCGGGCUAUUCAUCCUGAAGGUAGUGCUUCAGCUUCCAGAUCUCUCGGAACCAGAUCAGCUCACACCCAGUCUCUCACAAGCAUUCAUUCCAUAAAAGUGGUUGACUAAAGUGAGUAUGUAUAUAUUGAGGUCUUUUAGUUCCUCUGGCUUUACCAAGGAAUAGAAGUCUUUAGUUUAAAAUUUUUCCCUAUUCUUAGAACACUAUGGAUCCAUCAUGUUCAUCUUUUCAAAAUUACAAGAGACUUUUUCAAACUGUACCAUCCUUUGUAACUAUAUGUAGAAAUUAUUUUAAUGUUAUUUUUUUAAUUUAAGCAAUUAAGUAAAACUUUUUAAAUUAAAAGAGAAACUGGACUUAGUGUUUUUUAAUGUGUUCAGCUUGUCACUGAUUACUGAUUGUCUUAGGUUGGGUUCUCUAGAGAAGCAAAACCAGCAAAGCAUAGAGAGAGAGAGAGAGGGAGAUU